GCAACGUGUAAUAUGGUCAAUUAUGGCAAAGGCUUAACGUUCAAAGGUGGUGUACCGCGAUAAGAUAUUGAAGAUAUAUCUCGAUCGAUAAGUAAGGAAAAAGGGAUACCUGUGAAUGUUUUGUCUAUGAAUUAAUUCGAAUCGGAUUUAUCGGGUUUGACAGGGGAGACCAAAUGUUGUUUUACAUUGAAAUUUUCAGGGAGCAUAAGUCGCAGGUGAAGAGGCCAGGUAUGAGCGAGGAAGAUGGAGAUACAGGAGCGGACGAGGUUGUCUCUUUCAUCGAUUUGCCGAACAACCUCACAAAGUUGCCCGAGAAAGGAAUUUUAAAGAAACACGGUAUGGGAGGAGGGGCGGUAGCCAGCGUGGAACGCACUUUGGAUCAACUGAACGGUUACCACGAGCAUAUUAUCGAGGCGUUGAGGAUGGCCGCGAAUCAACGCGAAACAUCUGGAACAACAUCCGCUCCAAUGGACGACGAGGCCUUGACGGAACCUCUGACCGAAUUAUUAACAGAACCUCUGCCAGAAUGUUAUCCCACGGAUUCGUAUCGCAAAGACAUCAUAAAGCAUAUCGACAACCAAGCGGACGAGGAGUACGAGGAAUACGUGCCGUCUUGCGGUGUGAUUCGUAUACGAAAUCUAGAGGAUUUGAUCAAACAGUUGGAACGGCACUCGGCGCGAAACAGAAGUCCAAGCGGAUCCGAGGACAUGAGGAUGUCCGAGAGCGAGGCAGAUCGUCCCUACAGAAAAGAUUCGUCCGUUUGUAGCGAGUCUUCCCAAGGGUAAGAACUGAUAAGCGAAAAAUAACAAGCUUCGCCAUUGCUUCACGUUCAUCUUCGACGUUCGCGUCGCUUGUUACCAUUUCUCGAUCAUGUAUCGUUCUUUGGCAAAGCUUCUCUCGAUAAAACGAGUUACAAAAUUCGAAUACUUUAACGAUCGUU